UUCAAGUUUAGAAGCGCGACUUAGAGCGUGUUUUGUUAUUCUACUCAUAUAAUUUUUUGUGUCAUUGUAUGAUUUCCCUUUUUUGAAAUUACACACACACGGUCUUUUCGUUGAUUUUCAAUUACGGUCCGAAUAUCGUUUCAACGUCCAUUCCUUUACGAAGCCAACGUACGAGAGAAAUUCCAAUCGAAAUAGAAGAAAGUACGGGAAAAACGCAACAAAGUACGGUCUGGACUCAGUCGGCGACAUUCUCGGUGUGUGAAGCGAUUUACCAUUAUCCUUCCAGGAUAAAAUGUUCAUAACUUCGUCCAAAUUUGAUUUCGUAGUUUCGUAGCCGGUUGAAUAUAUUUUUUCCGACAUUCCUCCGGUCAGUUCGAAUGCUCCGACUGUGAACUCACAAGGACCCAAGACUUUUAACUUGCAAAGCGAACAAUCAAGGAUCUAGGAAUUAACGCUGUCCGUGGAGUGUGACGAGCGACAACGAAAGCAAGGAUUAAAAUCAUUUUGUGUCUAGGAAAUAGAGUAUUGUAUUGAAAGGGAUUUCUAAGCAGUUCCCGUGCAACAAUUACGAACACAUUCGCACGAAUAUAAAAUAUAAUGUUCCAUAAAAUAAAAAGUUAAAUAAUAAAAAACAAUAUCUACUACGAGUUUUUAAAAGUAUUUUUAAAAACUAUUAAAGUGAAUAAAAUAAAAGGAAGAAGGAUUAAGUAGGAUAUAAAAUUUUUCUGUCUUUUGCAAUUUUAUAUUUUGCAGUUUUAUAAAAUAUUAAAUGCUAAUAAUAAGAAACAAAAAGUAUUACGUAUAUCUAGAUAUAAAUGUAAUUCAAUUAAAGAAAAUAUUUAGCAAAAUUUAAUCGUAACAAAAGAGUGACCUAACAACUUGUACUUAUAGUAAAAUAUUUCAACACACAAACCGAUCGAUUUGAUCUAAAAAAAGAAUAAAGGAAAAUUAUCAGUGCUAAUAAAUUAGAUAUAAAAAAUUUUAAUUGAAAAUUUAAGAAGAAAUCCGGGUUUUGUGCAAAGCGCAAUCAACAAGUUUUUUAAACAAAAAAAAGUAUAAAUAAUUUUUUAAAAUAUAUUUUUUUAAAUUUAUCAAAUAAUAACAACAAUAAGACGACGAAGUGUCAUAAAACAUAUUUAAAUUAUAUAUAAAUAUAUAUAUACUCGGGAUAAGUAAAUAAAUUACCAUAUUCAAGGUAAAAACACGCAUAUUUCAAGGUUAAGGUAGAAGGAGAGCAAGAGAAAGGAGAGAUCCAGCAAAAUGACUAACACAAUGGACACUGUGGUGGUUCAGAAUGGAGGUGCCAAUGGAUCUGUGGAAGGGGGUCAGGCUGAAUCCAAAACAAAUCUGAUUGUUAACUAUUUGCCGCAAACUAUGACACAGGAGGAGAUGCGUUCAUUGUUUGCUAGUAUUGGCGAAUUGGAAAGUUGUAAAUUGGUUCGUGAUAAAGUUACUGUUUUACCCGCCUCACUAACUGCUUUAAAUCCCGCUCUACAGCAAGGACAAAGCUUGGGUUAUGGAUUCGUCAAUUAUCAACGAGCAGAAGACGCAGAGAAAGCAAUUCAAACGCUCAAUGGCCUCCGAUUACAGAACAAGAUCAUAAAAGUUUCAUUUGCCCGUCCCAGUUCCGAGUCGAUAAAGGGUGCUAAUUUAUAUGUUUCGGGUCUUCCCAAAAAUCUAUCACAGCCGGAUUUGGAGGCGAUGUUUGCAGCAUAUGGAAGGAUAAUUACAUCUCGUAUACUCUGUGAUAAUAUGUCUGGUCUAUCCAAAGGUGUCGGAUUUAUUCGAUUCGAUCAACGUGUUGAAGCUGAACGGGCCAUUCAGGACUUAAAUGGAAAAGUACCGAAAGGCUGCACGGAUCCUAUAACAGUGAAAUUUGCUAAUAAUCCAAGUAGCAAUUCAAAGGCUCUUCCACCGCUCGCUGCAUACUUGACACCGCAAGCAGCUACAAGAAGCAUUGGAAAAACCCCGAUGUUAGCCAUUAAUAAGGGUUUGCAAAGUCUUCUGUCUUCCAGAUACUCACCAUUGGCCGGUGACUUACUAGCCAACUCCAUCCUACCGGGUAGUGCAAUGACAGGAUCUGGAUGGUGUAUAUUUGUCUAUAAUCUGGCACCGGAAACCGAGGAGAAUGUUCUAUGGCAACUUUUCGGGCCAUUCGGAGCCGUCCAGUGCGUUAAGGUGAUUCGUGAUUUGCAAACAAACAAAUGUAAAGGAUUUGGUUUCGUCACAAUGACAAAUUAUGAUGAAGCUGUUGUCGCUAUACAAUCGCUCAAUGGCUACACAUUGGGCAAUCGGGUGCUUCAGGUUAGCUUUAAGACAAAUAAGACAAAAACAGCAUAACUUACUUUCGUAGAAUCAUCCUAUCAACACCAAUCAAUAACGAAAUAUCGAAGUAACAAUGCACGGGCAAUUUAAACAAAAAAAAAGAAUUGUUGAAAAUGGCGGACAACCAGAGGUAGAAGGGAAAAAAUCGUUCAAAAUGGCGGACAGAUAGAUAUAGUAGAAGAAAGCAAUUUUGAAAUAUGAAACACGUUUACAAAGUUAGUAAAGGAUAUGCGAAGCAAGUCUUUUUGGGGGGUAUACAUUUGUGUACUUGUGUAUCUUAGGAAAUAUUUGAUUCCAGCUGUUCUAAACUAGUAGAAGUAAAUUAAAUUUAAAAAAAAAAAUAAAACAAACGAUGGCAAUAUUUUUGGAGGUUGAGGAAAUUCAGAAUUCUAUUAAAUUAAAAUGAAGAAGAGAAUCACAACCGGUAUAUAUGUUGAAUUGGAACAAAAUUAUGUCUAAAAUAUUAUUAUUGUAGAACAGAUCAUCUUGAAACUACAAAACUUUAGGUGAUGAUUCGUAAAUAUUCAAAUCAAGAAAGUAAAAUGCUAAUUUCUUUAACAGUAAAGGUUUGUGGGAAUCACGGGUCAGAUAAUCUUGCUGGAAAUAUGUAUGAGGGACGCCGGAAUAAGAGAACUUUGGCCGAAUAUUCGGUAAUCUAGACUCUUAAUGCGAGAGAAUGCAAUAUUUAAUAGCUAAAUCCAUAAUUAUAUGUUUUCAGAAUUAAAGAUAUUUUAUAUUGUUAGGUUCUUGCUUUACGUAGGCUCAUAGUUAAUUAUAGAACAAUUCCUUCAAGUGGUACAACUCGAGGUGUAUUUAUAACCGACGCGACCGGCUCUAACUCUAGAACUAGACUAACUUCGUGAGUGCAUUUCCGACCCUUUUAUACACAUUCCUUUGAGCCUUUGACAGGAUUUCCUUACUGGCGUCAUCAAUCAUCUGUUAACACUUAUCCUAACUAAAUAUUUACACUACUGUUAUAAUAUGUUGGUUUCCUGGCUAAUUGUCAUUACUACGAUUUAAAUUGACGUCGCAGAUAUUUUCCCAAAGCCAUUUUCGUCACAAUAUAGAGACUUGCAAAUAUCUAGAGUUUUAAGUUUGAAUUAGUUUCUCAGAUUCUAUUCUUGAACUAACACUUUUCCAAUCCGGUCUUGAAAAUCACCUUGGUAAUUCUUCACAACUUUUGCGUAGUGGAGAUUUGCGUGGGACCUCUUGAAGCUUAGUGCGUUUUGUAAUAUAAAACUAUCAGCCUCUGACUUGCAUUGGUUUGCGGCUCUCUGUUCGUCUUGAGUUUUAGGAACUCUAAACCCCAAAUCUUCCAACUUCUGCUCCUCAAUAAGCAGCUGGUCUACCUACUUACUUCGUUCUCUCCUUUUAGAUGGUCUCUUCUUCGUUACCAAUGAAUCUCGAGGAGUACCCUCCUUCAGUUCUUCUUUAAGCACAUGCACUGAAAUAUUACUUGUUGUUCUUUAUGCCCCGCAACGGUCCAGAGAAAGUUUCUUUUACCCUCGACAUGGUUUCCGCACACCCUCCACAGUUGCGUAUGGAGACCCUCAUUUUAGGCAAUCAUGAGGCUUAGAAACUCGUCGGUCUCCUUUAUUGCGGCUUCGAAAAAGUAAUCUGACACCACUUUUGCCCCUGAUAUAUCAUCCCAAACACAUGCACCAGUUCCGCCCCCUUCACAACCUAACAAUUGAGAGACUAUAGUCCUAAGUUACUUUGCUGCAUCUUCCAUCAGCACAAGUUGUCGUUAUCAGGUUCAUCUGAGUUUACGGCGGUUUUUCUUUUGGGAAUCGGGUAGGUAAAUGCAAUUACGCACAGAGUGUUGAACUCCCGCAACAGUACGUCGUCGAACUACCAACUAAACACCUCUCUGUCAUCAGGGCACUAACCUGGAAACGUUUGACAUAUUACUUCGAGCUAAUCCUCCAUCUCCCGCCCGCGGGAGCCUUCAAGUGAGGGAAUUGUUUUCACCAACGGAAGAGGAGGGGAGGAAGGGAGUUGUAGUUCAGGAAACCUCUUGCCAUCCCUCUCCCGGUCAAACUCAAUCUUCUUCGCAAUAAGAAGAGUCCGAAUAUAAUACGUAACACGACUCCAUCUGCCAGGCUCCUCAGCAUCUCUUCUGCCAGUGUUGCCUGGAGGGAACUCCCCUCUAUAGUCAACUCGCUGAUCGAUAUGGGACGCAAGGUCGGGAAUCUCUUUCUGGGCAAGAUAAGUACUUCGGCUUUUUCCAGCGCUAGGUUCAAACCGUAAGCAGUCAUCCAGCCGCUUAACGAUCGCUUCAAUAUACCAAGUCUGCUUUCCGCCGGUUCAACAGUGCGUCCGGCAACAAGUGCCGCAAAGUCGUCUGCAUAACCGACCAGGCGCGUAAUCUCCAUCUUCCUCUUUCCAUCUAACAUCUCAAAGGGCAGGGAGAGAUCUUUCUUUAAUCCCUCAAAAUCCGCAAGAGAUAGCUUGGCACGUGCAAUGAGUUUCCUAAUAAACCUAGCGUAUCUGUCCAUCUUAGGCAAUUGAAGGUAUCGACAUGAAGCGGUCUGAGGACCACUAUCCGUCGAGAUAAACGGCUAUGUACCCCGGCUCGAUGAACCGCAUCCACGACCCGCAUAAUAACAUUCACCGUGGAUCUCCCUGCUCUGAACCCGAACUGCCUUGAGAAUAAGUCCCCCGCAGCGGCCUCCUUUCCCUUUGCUUAUUAGCAUGAGUCUCACUACCUUCCAACGACAUGGAAAAAUUCAGGCAAGCGUUGAAGGCCCCGAGCAACAAGUCUGGCGGUUGGUAGAAUACCAGUUUGUAAACUUCCGCCAGGAUUUAUUGUGAAAAAGGGGCAAUUCUCGACGCUUUCUGAGCUAUUGACAUCAACCCGUACAAUCGUAGGGUCCAUCUGGUCGGUACUUAGUAUGCAGCGCCGAUUUUCCUGGUGAUAAGUUUAUAGCCAAGUCCCCACGGGUCCUUAUUUACCUC